AUGGUGUAUGAUAGUAAAUGUCUAGAGUUAAUUUAUAAUGUGCUUCAGUUUAUGAAAGAGGAGGCUACGAAUGGUGUGACAAUUCCAAUAAGAUGUGUGUUGGAACGUUGCUGCAAGGCGUUGGGAGUUUCCAAAAACUUGGUAUUACAAGUUCAGGAAGAAGGAAAGGAAAUUCAAAGUGGACAGAAACAGAAUUUUACCACACCAAGCAACAAGCGCGUCAGAAGCAGUUCAAAAUCUGUAGUGGACCAACACACUAUUGACUUUUUCAGGCGGCACAUCCACAAUUACCACAUAAUCCACAAACAACAACCUACAUUAGACCGACUGCUAGUUUCCUUGAAAGAGGAUGGGCUGUAUCAAGGAAGCAAAGCUUCUCUUGCGAGAUUGCUACCAAAAAUUGGUUUUAGAUGGCAGAAAACCGCGGAUAAUCGCGCGUUCCUCAUGGAGAAAUAUGAUGUUAGAGUUGCCAGAUUAGCAUAUUUGAAGAAAAUAUCAUCAUACCGUGAGGAAAAACGGCCAAUCGUAUAUUUAGAUGAAACCUACAUCAAUUCAAGCCAUACUUUGGCCUUCUUCUUGGUCAGACGGAACUUCAGCGGGAUUACAUCCACCAAUAGGGAAAGGUCCACGUUUAGUGAUUUUACACGCACUGCAUGA